AUGAGUUCUGUUUUGCAGCUGGUGCACGAGUGCAACGUGCAACUUGCACUAUUCCGUGUAGCAACACAAGGAAUUGGAACAGCUCAAGAUGGAGCAUCGUUAAGGAGAGAAGUCGAAACGGCGGGUCGAGCAUGUCAGAAAGCAGUCGAAGCAGCGAAUAAUGUUGUCCUUCCACAGUUGAGAGCAGACGAAGCAGAAAUCGCUCGACAUGGAUCAUUAUUCAUCGGAUGUGUUGGUGCAUAUUUGAUAGAAAUGAAGCGAUGUGUCAAGUUGGAAAAAACGUUUCCAGCUCCAACAGAGCCAUCAGUGACACGACAACAAGUGGAACGAGUUGAAUUGAUUCUGGAUACUCUCGAGAAUUUAAUAACUGUACAUUAUUCGACGAAUGAACAACCCUGUUUGGAUAAGUUACAAGUGACACCCCGAAGGAGGCGAGCGACAUCAUGCCGACCACAAUGUGUUUGUUCAAAACUGAAAACGAGUUAUGCAUGA